GCAAUCAGACUGUACACAAAUCGGACUUCUGAUCCAAAUUCAAUGCCAUUCAAUGUUCGUCUGCGAUUGUUGAAAGAGUUUAAACAAAUCGAUCAGCGCACAAAAACAACAUCACCAUGGGCAAUAAGUCGUCGCUUUUCCUGCGUAACGAGGAGAUCGCACAAAUCCAAGAGGAAACUGGCUUCACCCCUAACCAAAUUGAGAGGCUGUUCUCGCGCUUCACCUCGUUGGAUCGCAACGACUGCGGAACUCUUUCACGGGAGGAUCUGAUGAGGAUCCCGGAGCUGGCCAUUAAUCCGCUUUGCGAGCGGAUAGUUCACUCCUUCUUUGCAGAGAGCAACGACGAUCGGGUCAACUUCCGGCAGUUCAUGAACGUCCUGGCCCACUUCCGGCCAUUAAGGGAUAACAAACAGAGCAAGCUGAACAGCCGCGAGGAGAAGUUAAAGUUCGCCUUCAAGAUGUACGAUUUGGAUGACGAUGGUGUGAUCAGCCGGGACGAGCUGCUGUCCAUCUUGCACAUGAUGGUGGGCGCUAAUAUAAGCCAGGACCAACUGGUGAGCAUCGCGGAAAGGACGAUCUUGGAGGCAGAUCUUUGCUGCCAGGGCAAGAUCUCAUUCGAGGACUUCUGCAAGGCUCUGGAUCGCACCGACGUGGACCAAAAAAUGUCCAUACGGUUUCUCAACUAAGUUGGAGUCAAGAAUCACGAAAAAAGAGCGAGCUUCUUAGUCAGUGUGUACCAAAUAGUUUAGGUUGGAGUCAGUCGAGAGGCAUUCCGUUGAGUUACUUAAACCUCUAAUAAAUUUAAAACUGUAAUUAAGGUGUUUAUAAUAAUUAAACUAAAUUUCCCUAUAAUGAAAAAAGCGUCUCAAAGUGUUUUGCAAAUGGCUUUAACAAUUUUUAAGAUAUAAAGAUAUCAUUGCUAAAUCCAUAGAUAUUAAAAAAAAAAACACCGCAAAAUGCCAGAAUAAAACACUUCUUAAUGAAUACUUACUUAAGAACACCAAAUUAUUGUUUUAAAAAUUUCAGAGGUUUCAGAAACACUCCGGAUAAACUUGUAUUAGUAUUUGUUAUGAAGGAAGAGACAGUUUUUCUUUUGUUAAUACCUUGUUUUGUCGAUAGCAAACUCAUUCCGCUCAACGUAAAUUCUUAUAGCAUUUUGUGUUAAGCUGCUUCUGAAUAAAAGCCAAGCGGAGUGUCACAUAAAUUGUUGAACAUAA